CCUCUCACACCAAAUAUGACUGCUGUACUCUAUUAUAAACCUGCGUCUCUAUACUCCUCCAUGGUUCGCAUGGUGAUUGCAGAAAAGGGAAUCAAGGAUAUCAAGUUCAACGAGGUGGACUUGGAGCAUUUUCAGAACCUUUCACCUGACUAUAUCAAGAUCAAUCCUAAAGGCCAAGUACCUGCUUAUGUAUCUCAAGACGAGACACUUACAGAAUCAUUGGAUAUCAGCAUGUAUUUGGAGUCUCAUUACUCUUCACCAUCACUUUUGCCUGGAGAAUCAUCUGCUCGUUCACGUGUCAUCGCAGAUCUCGCGUCCUUGUACGAUAUCAGCUAUUUCGCAAUUUGCUUUGGUGUGAGCACUCCUGAACAGGCGGAGAAAGAGAGAUCGGCUAAAGAAGCGGUCGUGAAGAAGAAUGUCGAUGAAGUCAAGCGACAGAUGGAGCUCCAUCCAGAAUUACGGGAGCAGUAUGAAACCCGUAUUCAAAUAUAUGGUAACAAGUCAAAGUAUAUCUUGGAUCCUGCAGCCGUACAAGCCAACUGGGUUAAACUUCGUGCACUUUUGGACGCCUUUGAAGAUAACUUGACGUACGGAAAAUUCCUCAGCAAGGAAAAUGACUACUCCUUGUUGGAUGCCCAUGCAACGCCAGUGUUAGCACGGCUCGUGAAGAUUGGGCAUGAACAAGAAAUUCAAAGUCGAUCACGAUUGGCGGAAUACUGGGCGCGUCUCCAAGAAAGAGACAGCUUCAAAACUGUGUAUGAUCGUCCCGUAAGUCUGUGGUAAUGCAUAUUUACUGUGGUGCAGUAUGAUUAUAGAUAUGGAAUGAAGUGUCAUCCGUAGUUCUGUCUGAUUAUUCAAAUGUGUCAAGAAUUAUAUGAAUGCUACAUUUCCAUUUAAUAAAUCAUUUGCUUUAGUGUUUAAGUAUCU